AAUUUACAAAGUUGCAUGUACUAGAGGUGGGUACUAAUGUCUGUGUGCAGGAUCCUGUCUUUCCUGGAUUCUCUAUGGAUGAGUUGACUCCGUUGCCAAGUCAACUGGAGGCUCUGCAAAUUUUACUGAAGGUCACGCAAGCACAAGGAUUCAAGCCUGGAUUUACGAAGUUGUGGAAGAAAGUGUUUCUAUCUCAAUCAUCCGUCGCUAUUCUUCAAGAUGCAUUCUGGUGGCUUUAUCUUGAUCAUUUUCAACCAAAUGAUAUAGAAGCUAAAUCACAACUUUUCGCUCGUAUAGGAGACAGCUAUGUGGCAUUGUUCUGCUAUAUUAGUCUCGACUUCAAAGACAAAUUCUUUCGGUUCUAUGCUGACUGCCUGUCUCAAGCCAUAUUCACAACAUUUUGUCAAGCAUACCCGGCUCUACGAAUGAUAUUCCACGAUGAGAAGUUCAAAACUCACCUUGUAAACGUUGUAUGGGAAUGGAUUGCAGGUAUUCGACCUCCUGCAGGAUCAUGGAGCCAGUGGAAGAUGUACGAACUCGAUCCUGAUUACAUUGUGUCUGCUCCCAUCGAAACAGAUGAAUCGUUUACUCACGCACAUAAGAGAGCAAGUAAGAUUUUAUUCAAUUUGGGUGAUAUGGAGGCCUCAUUGCCUGUUGGUCAAAGAAGUGUGUCUCGUUCUGCACACAUUGAUAGGCGCGGAUCAAUAAAACCUCGUCGAUCUUCAUUGUCACCGAUAAAGUUUCAAUCAAGGAAUAUCUCUCCGUUGUCUAACAAACCUUUAGAAGAGGAGUCUGAACAAAUUGGGCGAGGACCAGAAUUCGAGCGUGUCUUGUUUGACACUAAAGGUCACAGUCCACUAGUAUCGCAUUACCUUCAAUCGAGACAUCUGCUAACAGAAGGACCGGGACCAACAGAUUACAUGAAGCGAACUCAAUUGUCUGCAUUGCCACCUCCGGCUCCAACAUAUAGAGACGUGAUUCAUCAUGCUCAUAAAGUAGGCAAGAAAAUGGCAGCCGAAUAUGAGAGGGAGCAGCAUGAGUUCAUGAUGGAAGAGCAACGAGCUAGAAAACAGAAUCGCAAAUUGAGGCAAGAAUUUCAGAGGCUUACCAACGAAAUAUUGUCUCGCCAACAUGAAGUAAAGAUGUUGAGUGAUCGUCUUAUUGACUCUUUGGCGAGUGGCAGUUACAUGCCCAUAGGAACACUAUUAGCCAGUGUUCUCAACCCUCUUGAUGUCUCUGAAUUUAGUGAGUCGGAAUCUAAUAUGUCAGUUUCGUCGGAUCAUCAAGACACGAGAAAGUCGGUUACACCGGAAAACAGACCAAGUAGUUCACGAAGUGUAGCAUCAAGGCAAACUCCUCAGUGAAGAAGGUAAUGGAUGUAUAUCGAUCAGUAAAGUUUUAGAGUCCAAAUGACAGACGUUGCUGGAGUUGUGUGCAGCAACUAGAUCUAUUUAUCUCAAUUGAAUACGAGUAACAAUAUUUACUAAUUGCAUCUAAAAAUCAACACCCUUGCUACGCAAGAGGUUGUCUACAUAGAACAAAAAAUCCACCUGUUACAAUCAUGCCACCUCGGCUUCGAUACUGCGAAGAUAGAGCAUUCCAGAUAGAAGUCUAAAACGAAGAUAGGAAGGCUGCUG